UCUUUUUAAAUCACUGUAACAGUCUGUGAAGCAUUUCAAAAGCACACGUAAUGUCGUCGUCUAAACGUGGUGUGGAAUUUUUAAAAACUGUGGCGGAUUAUUGUGUCAAGUACGGUGGACAUGAUGUAGUAACAAAAGCCAUUCGUGUUACUGGUGGUGGAGAGGGUCGUUGUACUGGAGAAUUUACUAUUACCAAAGAACACUUAAAUCCAUAUGGAGGCUUACAUGGCGGCUGCGCAGCUACAAUCAUUGAUAAUGUAACUACAUAUGCCUUAAUGUCAGCUGAUUCACAUCCUGGAGUUACAGUCGACCUAUAUGUUAGUUAUUUAAAAAGCGCUAAAGAGGGGGAGGAAAUAAUUGUUGAUGCAAAUACUGUAAAAGUAGGCAAAAAAAUAGCGUUCAUUGAUUGUGUACUUAAAAAGAAAUCAGAUGGCUCAAUUAUAGUUAAGGGUGGACAGACAAAAUUUGUUGACUUAAAAUAAAUUUAAAAAAAUUAUUGUGUUUUCUUUUUUGAAAAGUUUGUAAAUGAUAAAAUUAACCCCCUGUCUAUACCUGAUAAAUUUUUAUCAUGAUACACGUCAAAAUUGUUGUCAAA